AUGCAAAAUAUUGAGAAGGGAUGUCUAUCAUCAGACUUAUGCUUAUUACAACCAUGCCCAUCAAAUCAUUCUGUUUGUGUCAGUGGCUGGAAUUCAUAUCGAUGCGAGUGCCCGGGGGGCUAUUUUGGACCUAAUUGUGGAAAUGGAUCAUUAAUAACUAAUUCUUGCGAACAAGAUCCUUGCGGUAGUCGAGGUCAGUGUAUCGAAAACGCAACCUAUGUUGGAUGCCAGUGUUAUCCACCUUAUACUGGUGAAUUUUGUGAGGCUAAAAUAGAUUAUUGCUCCAUUCAUCCAUGCUACAAUAAUGGUACUUGUGUUAGCACAGUGAAUGGUCCUAAAUGUCAGUGCAAUAGUGCUUACUCUGGUCGCCAUUGUGAAAAAAUGUUUGCAUAUCCAUGUGGUAGCCAACUUUGCAAUAUUUUAACUACUUGUAUAACCCAUGCCAAAUCAUCCAGAUGCAUUUGUAAUAACGCAAUGACAAGCUGUCCGUUAAAAUGCGCUGAUCGUCCGUGUAUUAAUGCUAUUAACUGUGUUGAUAGUGAUCUUAGACCAAAUUGUACGUGCAAACCUGGCUAUUAUGGCAUUGCCUGCGAACAAGAUAUUGAUGAAUGUUUAUCAAAUCCGUGCAAUAAUGAAGGUCAAUGUAUUAACUAUCCUGGAUCAUUUGCUUGCAAGUGUACAGCUGACUAUGAAGGCGAAUUAUGUCUAACACCUAAACUCCGAUUUGCACCAUUAACUGGAUCAGGUGGAAUGCCGUUAGAGGAUAUAUUAGGCAUGAGUUUAUUUAUAGUAGCAGGGGUGGUUUUGGUUAGUCUCUUUAUUAUU